AUGAGUAUAUCGUUAUUACUUUUUUUAAUAGGUACUCUAGGUUUUGUUUUAAAUAGAAAAAACAUAAUCUUAAUGCUUAUCUCAAUAGAAAUAAUGCUAUUAGCUAUUACAUUUUUAAUAUUGGUAAGUUCACUUAGCUUUGAUGAUAUAUUAGGCCAAACAUAUGCUAUAUAUAUAAUAGCAAUAGCUGGUGCAGAAUCAGCAAUUGGUUUAGGUAUUUUAGUAGCUUUCUAUAGAUUAAGAGAGAUAAGUCUUCCAACCCCUACUUAUUCUUUAUUACCUUUAAAAAAGUUAGUUCAAAAUCAAUUACAUGAAACAGAUAGACCUUUAUUGUUGCUAAUUCCAAAAUUUUUCGGUAAUAUAGGAGCGGUUUCUACAAAAAAUACAAGAUCUACAGUGGAAUUUAGAGUAAGUACUUUAUCACAUUUGAUUAAUGUAAUUAUACCUCACUUUGAAAAAUAUAGUCUUAUAACUAAUAAACACUCAGAUUUUUUUUUUAAACAAAUUGUAUUACUUAUGUCAGAAAACCAACAUAGAAAUUUAGAUGGAUUACAAUUAAUUUUAAAUAAUAGAGCUUAA